AGCUGGUUUACCUACAAAUUAAUGAAACAAUUUUUCUCAAUGGCAGACCCACCUUUACUGAAAGCCUUGCUGUGGGGUUUACUUGUGUUUCUUCAAUUUCAUGAGCACGCAGCCUGCUUCCACGAAGAGAGGAUUGCUCUGCUUGAGUUGAAGGUGUUUCUGAAAUCCAAUAUUAUUUAUGCAGGUCACCCCCUUCUUCCCUCGUGGAUCGACGAUGCAAAGAGUGAUUGUUGUGGUUGGGAGAGGGUCACGUGCAACUCCACCACCGCUCACGUUAUCAACCUUUCCCUCUACAACUUAAACCAAGAUCCUGAUUACUACGAUGAAGAUCCCUAUUACUAUUUCUUCAAAAAUGAAGAGAAGAAGCAAUAUUGGUUGCUAAACAUGUCACUGUUGGCGCCUUUCAAGGAGCUGAGAAGUCUUAAUCUGUCCGGCAAUGUAAUUGGUGGUUGCCUACCAAAUGAAGGUUUUGAAAGGCUAGCACUACUUCCAAAAUUGGAGAUAUUAGACCUUGGCAUUAAUUCCUUUGGAUUUGGUUAUAGCAUUAUACCAUCUCUAAGUCGACUUGCGUCCCUUAAGACAUUGAGUCUUGCAGGCAAUUAUUUGAGCUGGUCUCCAGGUUUUGAAAGGCUAGCACUACUUCCAAAAUUGGAGAUAUUAGACCUUGGUAUUAAUUUCUUUGAUUUUAGCAUUAUACCAUCUCUAAGUCGACUUGCGUCCCUUAAGACAUUGAGUCUUGCAAAAAAUUAUUUGGGAUUUUUGAAUACAACUACAGGUUUUGAAAGCUUGUCAAGAUUGGAGAACCUUGAAACCUUAGAUCUUAGUCUGAACAAUUUAAAUAGAAGCAUCAUAGAAUCAUUGCCUGCAAUCAAAUCCCUUAAGAAUCUGAAUCUCGGUUUUAACUUCAUAGAAGGAUCCUUUCCAAUCAAAGAAAUAUCGGCUUUUGAAAACUUGGAGAAGUUGGAUUUAAGUGAAAAUAGACUCAAUGGCUCCCUCACAAUCCAAGGUUUGGAAAGCUUGUCAAGAUUGGAAAACCUAAAAACCUUAGAUCUUAGCGACAACAAAUUCGACAAAAGCGUCAUUGAAUCAUUAAGUGCAGUCAAAUCCCUUAAGAAUUUGAAUCUUGCUUCGAAUUCUAUAGGAGGAUCAUUUCCUGGCAAAGAAUUAUCGGCUUUUGAAAACUUGGAGAAGUUGGAUUUAAGGGAUAAUGAUUUCUAUGGCCCCCUAACAAUCCAAGGUUUGUCUAAUUUCAAUAGGCUGGAGAUUCUAGAUUUGAGUGGAAAUUCUUUCACCGGAAGUAUUUCUCCAUAUAUCGGGGCACUAUCUUCUUUAAAGGCUAUAUCAUUAGCUAAGAAUCAGCUCAAUGGCCCUUUUCCAAAAGAUUUGUGCGCACUCAAGAAGCUUCAAGAGUUAGAUCUUUAUCAUAAUCUCUUUGAAGGGAUCCUUCCUACAUGCCUAAACAAUUUGACAUCUCUUAGAUUGUUAGAUAUAUCUAGCAAUCGAUUUAUUGGAAACGUCUCUUCAAAUCUGAUAGCUAGCCCUACAUCACUUGAGUACAUUGAUCUCAGUUAUAACCUUUUUGAGGGGUUAUUCUCAUUCAGCUUAUUGGCUAAUCACUCUAAGCUUGAGGUGAUUAUAUUGGCAAGUGGAAACAACAAACUUGAGAUAGAAACUGAAAAUUUGGCGGAUUGGGACCCCUUGUUUCAAUUGAAGGUUCUUAUACUUCGUCACUGUUAUUUGAACAAGCUCACCGGAAAUAUUCCCAAGUUUCUCUUUCACCAGCGCAAAUUGGAAAGAAUUGAUCUAUCUCACAAUAACUUGAAAGGAAGCUUCCCCAUUUGGUUGCUUCAAAACAAUACAGGACUGCGAGAGCUAAAUCUUCGAAAUAAUUCUUUCGUGGGUAAAUUUCAUUUGCCACUAGAUCGAUACGAGAGUAUUGUGUCUAUGGAUGUCUCAGGCAAUCAGUUGGAUGGGCAACUUCAAGAAAAUAGUGGAAAGAUUAUUCCAUACUUAGUAUAUCUAAAUCUAUCCCGAAAUCGUUUUGAAGGUUAUCUUCCGUCCUCAAUUGGUAACAUGAGUAAUUUGGAGUUUUUGGACUUGUCCUUUAAUAAUUUCUCAGGAGAGUUAACAGUGGAAUCGCUUGCCAAUUGCACCUCCUUGACGAUUUUGAAGGUAUGCAAUAAUCGCUUUAAUGGUGAGUUUUUCUCAAAGCAACUGAAGCUAGAAAAUUUAUUAUCUUUGAAAUUAAACAACAAUCAGUUCACAGGAACUCUACCAGUUGUGCCUCUCAUUCUAUUUUAUUUGGAUAUUAGCAACAACAAUAUGUCAGGAACAAUUCCUAGAUGGAUUGUAAACAAUACAUAUUUGUUGACUCUUGACAUGAGUAACAAUUCUUUUGAAGGUCAGAUUCCUUGUGGACAGAAUUCACUUUACUUAUUAGACCUUUCUCAUAACUUACUUUCGGGAUCUAUGCCUUCUUGCUUGAAUUUGCCUGCUAGGCACCUACGUUUGCAAGGAAACAAACUUACAGGAGCAAUACCGAAAGUUGUUUUAAACUCAUAUUCAGCGUCUCUUUUGACGUUGGACCUUAGAGAUAACAACUUUUCUGGUAGCAUCCCUGAUGAAAUUGGUGCACUUUCUAGCUUAAGAAUACUUUUAUUGAGGGGCAAUCAUUUCAGAGGUAGAAUUCCAAGUCAGCUGUGUUGGUUAAAUAAGAUAGACAUAAUGGAUCUUUCUAAUAAUUCUCUUUCUGGAAAAAUACCGGAUUGCUUUCACAACAUAUCCUUUGGAAAGACAGUUGUUAGUGAUCAUGCCUAUAAUAGAUCUUCUAGUUUUGCUAUUUCCUUGAACAGGAAAAUAGCUUCAACAUUCCAAAGGCUCAUAGAAUGGAAUAAUGAGGAAGAUAACAAGUGGACAGAAUAUGAUGAUCAAGUUGAGAUUGAGUUUGUCACAAAAUACAGGUCUAACUUGUACAGUGGUGAUAUCCUUGAUUACAUGUUUGGAUUGGAUUUGUCAUGCAACAAGCUAACAAGUAGCAUCCCACAGGAACUAGGAGAGCUAUCUUCACUUCGUGCAUUGAACUUGUCUUACAAUCAUUUGACAAGUUCCAUUUCACCAACAUUCUCACAUUUGACCCUAUUGGAGAGUUUAGACCUUUCCCACAACAAUUUGAGUGGAGAAACUCCUUCGGUAUUGAUUGAUUUGAGCUUUUUAGCAGUGUUCACUGUGGCUUACAACAACUUAUCAGGUAAAGUUCUAGACAUGAAAGCACAGUUUGCAACAUUUGAUAAGAGUAGUUACGAAGGAAAUCCAUUUCUUUGUGGACAACCAUUAGAGAAUAGUUGCACCAAAGAAGACAAGUCACAUCCAUCACCACCAAAAUCGUCAAAUGCAAGUGAAGGGAAAUGGUAUGAAGUAGAUCUUCAGGUCUUCUUUCCAAGCUUUACCGCAUCUUAUAUUAUUUUCUUAUUGGGUACAGCUACUCUCCUUUAUAUUCAUCCUUACUGGCAACAACAAUGCUUCAAUUUAAUUGAGGAUUUUAAGUAUCGGUGUUAUUAUCCUAUUUUUGACACUUUAAAAAAAUUGUCAAACCGUCUAUAUCCUUAGAUAUAUUCAGUUUCCAUGGACACCUAUGGUGGUAUUGAUGAUAGCUAGGUGUACAUCUGAUUACGAAUAAUGGUUAUUGUGCUCUAAUAUGAGACAUGGUGUUCACUUGUAUUUUCUUUCUUCUUUGUUGUAGUUCUUUGUCAUUUGAUAAUGGAUAUUGUCUUUGUAACUUUA